CAAGCUGUUCUAGUGACCCCAUAAUAAAUGAGGCAGCUGAAGGUCAAGUGGUUUGCAAAUGUCUUCAGAACCCUGAAAUGGCAUUGUUUUCAACUAAUAGAAUUUUUUGCUGGUGUUAAUGCUCUCUGUUAGGGUAAUGUAUGGGGUUAAUUUGUAAGUCACUUUUAAAGAAAGGGCAUUACCGUAAUGACAGAAUUGUGACAUGCGUAUCCUAGAGCUGCCUGAGAUUAGUGGGAGUUAGUCACUGGCAGCAGCUGUAAAAGUACUGCUCUGGAUUGUAACUCCCACUAUCCAUUGACAGACAUGUAUGUACCAGUGUUGCCCUCACUACACGAUGGGGAAUGUAAUGCACAUGGGCGGAAAGUGCUGUGUGCGCAUUAGUGCAUAACAAAACAUGAAUCAAUCCUUUUCUGUGGGGAUUUUGAAGACGUUAGAUGGCAUUACACAUGUUAAUGUGAAGCUUGUGCAUAGUUGCUGAGCCAUGGAAAACCAUUUCAUGAAGCUCCCGGCACACUGUUGCUUUGCUGAUGUUGCUUUCAGAUGCAGUUUGGAAUCCUGAAGUCAGUGAGAGAUGCAAGAAUUGUGUUUUAUGUUUAAAGCGGCACUGUCAUGGCCGAAUCCCGUUUUUUAUUGACCCCCUAGUCGCCCCCAAAUGCCCCUAAGCCCCCCCACAUUGCCUAUUUUUUUAUUCUUUAUUUUCUGCCCCGAUCUUGAUUCAGGGCGCCGCCAUCUUUGUGUGGGUAGAUGAAGUCCCUGUGGGACACGUCAUCUGCCCACACUAGAUAGACUGUGAGAUUCCCGACAGACGAAUGAAUGAAUGAAUAGAAAAAUCAGAUGAACAAACUAACACUGUGCAUCAGUGUUCGUUUGUUCGUGCAGUUUAUUACAAGGAGGGAGCUACUGGCGCACAGCUAUCUCUUUGUAAUAUGUAAAAAGAUAGAAGCGGCAGGGAGCAGUGCUCCCCACCACUUCAUAAGCCCCCCAGGUCCCCCCUCACUCUAAGGGGGUCAAUAUGGCCCCCAUAAUAGCAUGAGGGAGAUUAAAAUCUCACCAAUGCUAUUAUACCGCGAGUAGGGGCAUGUCUACUAAACAGUGAGCAGCCAAAAAAAAACUACUAUCCGGCACCCACCCCUGGGGGCCAUAAAUUACAAUGGGAGGGACGGGGACCUACCUUAAGUUACUACCUUAAAGGACCACUAUAGUGCCAGGAAAACAUACUCGUUUUCCUGGCACUAUAGUGCCCUGAGGGUGCCCCCACCCUCAGGGUCCCCCUCCCGCCCGGCUCUGGAAGGGGGAAAGGGGUAACCUUUUUCCAGCGCUGGGCGGAGAGCUCUCCUCCUCCGAUCCUCCUGGGCUGAAUGCGCACGCGCGGCAAGAGCUGCGCGCAUUCAGCCGUCGCAUAGGAAAGCAUUUACAAUGCUUUCCUAUGGACGCUGCGUGCUCUCACUGUGAAAAUCACAGUGAGAAGCACGCAAGCGCCUCUAGUGGCUGUCAAUGAGACAGCCACUAGAGGAUUAGGGGGAAGGCUUAACCCAUUCAUAAACAUAGCAGUUUCUCUGAAACUGCUAUGUUUAUAAAAAAUGGGUUAACCCUAGAAGGACCUGGCACCCAGACCACUUCAUUAAGCUGAAGUGGUCUGGGUGCCUAGAGUGGUCCUUUAAGUUCUUUGGAAUUGAAAUCCAUCCAAUCACAGUGCUCUGUGUCAUUUUACACAGCGUAGGAAAGUUCUUUGGAAUUUUCCCAUGCUGUGUAAAAUGACAAACGAGCACUGUGAUUGGAUGGCUUGAAAUGCUUUACUUAGCAUUAGUAAAUGUGGCUGAAAGACCAAUUUAGGUCUUUCAGCCUUUUGGUAGAUAACUCCCUGAUACCGUGGGAAUUAGGGAGUUAUCUACUAAGCGGCUGCAAGAUGCAGCCACAGCACGAGUAGGAUCGGAGUUUCAUUCAUUCGAAUGAAAUUGCGAUCCGAACAAAGUGCCGAAUUGAGUUCUAAAACAAACGAACAUACUGUUCUCAUUCAGUUAGCACGCAAUUCGCCAGUUUCGUCUAAAAUGACAGGAAGCAUCGUGGGAACACAGAGAAAAGGUAAGAAUUAUGGGAAAAUUGCUCUGACCAGCGGAAAUGAAACACACUUUGCUCCUCCGCUGGUCAGAGCUGGUCAAGCGGAGGAAACCUCCAUAAGGCAAAGAGUCCCUACUUUGUCUUAUGAUUUUAAAGAAAACUAAAGAAGACAGGAAGAAAAGAACAGAUCAUGAGAGAGGGGGAGAAGAGGAAGAGAUUGAGGAAAGGUAAGUUCGGCAUGACAGCGCCGCUUUAAGCACUUCAACACUCGGUGCCUUAGUCUGAGUAUGUGUGGACUACCCCUUUGUGGCUCUACUGAUGUUGGUCAUAGAUGCUUCCACUUUACAGUCAUAACACUUACAGUUUACCAGGGCUGAUCUGUAGCAUCCAGAAACUGCCAAUGUUUGUCUAUGGAACUUUUUUGGCUUCCUGCUAGAUUGAAUGCACCUGUUGGCAACAGAUGAGUCUAAAAUUCCUGAUAUAACAUCAACUAGUAGGGUUUCUUCAUGCUUUUGGCCAUAUAGUGUAUACAUGUGUGAAAAUAUGCCACUGUAUGAAUCCACCUGUUUGUUUAUAUACCAAUAAUAGCCUAACCAUGAUGAUGCCAUGCAGUGCAAUAAACUCCUCAAUGUUUCUUUAAGUGGGAAAUAAGAGUAUUUGAUGUUUCAGUAUUUGGAUCAUGUAUUAUUAAAGGACCACUAAAGUCACCCAGACCGCUUCAUCUAAAGUGGUGUGGGUGCAGUCAUCCUGUAUAUUUAGCCCUUAAUAGUAAAAUGUUUUGUUACUUUGAAGGGUUAAACACAACUCUAGGCUUCUGCUGCACUGACCAAGUAAAACUCACAUGAUGCAGCUGCUCUUUGGGAAGCUUUGGAUUCAGUGCUUUCCUAUGAGACGCAUUGGACUGGCUGAGAUCAUCAACAAAAUCAGCGUGGUAAAAAUACCUUUUUGCUUGAAGGAGAAAGGGUCCGGGGACUUAAAUACCGUAUUUAUCGGCGUAUAACACGCACUUUUUCUCCCUGAAAAUAGGGGAGAAAUUGUGGGUGCGUGUUAUACGCCGGCCCUUUAAAUACUGCAGCCGCCUGAGCGCUCUGUCAAGAGCACUCAGGCGGGUGCAGUUGGUACUCACCUCCUCUGUAGCGUGGCCGAGCCGCUCUGCCGUCCGCGGUGGCCGGCCGGAGUGAUAGGAAGGUGCACGCUCAGUGUGCACCUUCCUGUCAGUCCGACCGGGUACAGGAAAACAAACUCCUGUUCCGCGUAAGAAGAAGCAAAGGGGGGAGGGGGGUAAGAAGAGGGGGAGAGUAAGAAAGAGGGGGGGGGUAAGAAGAGGGGGGGGCUAAGAAGAGGGGGAGGGAGGUAAGAAGAGGGGGGAGUAAGAAAGGGGUAAGAGAGGGAGGGGGAAGUAAGAAGAGGGGGAGGGGGAGUAAGAAAGGGGGGUAAGAAGAGGGGGCGUAAGAAGGGGGUAAGAAGGGGAGGGGGAGUAAGAGGGGGAAGGGGAAAAGAAGUUCUUUAUUUGAAAUUUAAAGGACCACUCUAGGCACCCAGACCACUUCAGCUUUAUGAAGUGGUCUGGGUGCCAGGUCCCUCUAGGAUUAACCUUUUUUUUUUUAUAAACAUAGCAGUUUCAGAGAAACUGCUAUGUUUAUACUGAGGGUUAAUCCAGCCUCCAGAGCCUCUAGUGGCUGUCUCUAGGGGCGCUUGCGUGCUUCUCACUGUGAAAAUCACAGUGAGAGCACGCAAGCGUCCAUAGGAAAGCAUUGUAAAUGCUUUCCUAUGCGACCGGCUGAAUGCGCGCGUGGCUCCUGCCGAUGACGUCGCGAUCAAGGAGGAGAGGAGGAGUACAGCUCCCCGCCCGGCGCUGGAGAAAGGUAAGUGUUUAACCCCUUCCUCUCUCCAGAGCCCGGCGGGAGGGGGUCCCUGAGGGUGGGGGCACCCUCAGGGCACUAUAGUGCCAGGAAAACGAGUAUGUUUUCCUGGCACUAUAGUGGUCCUUUAAGUUUUUUUUCCCUGAAAUUUCCCUCUUAAAAUGAGGUGCGUGUUAUACGCCGAUAAAUACGGUAGUAGUUUUUGCCCCUAUAGUGUCAAAAUACAUGUUUGUGUUCCUGACGCUAUAAUGUUCCUUUAAGAAGAUAAGAAGAGCAUAAAUCAGGGAACAAAAAUGGUCUCCAAGAAGGUUGAAUCAAAUGGCAUAAUCACCAGUUUUGAUUAAAAUAAAUAAAUAAAGAUGAUUGCUCCUCUAUUGUGCCUGAGAACACAAGCUAUGUAGAGAGUCUUAAUUUUUUUUAUUCAAUUCACAGGAUGAGUGUGUAGAUAGGAUGAGUUUGGACUAUCAGUGAACUUGAUGGAUGUGUGUGUGUGUGUGUGUGUAUGUACAUUUUCAUAAGAAUUUUUUUUUGGACAUAUUAAAAUAAAUAUAUCCACGGUAAUCAAAGCUUCUGUUAAAUCUUUGUCAGGGGAUAGAAACUGCACAGGUAAAUAACAAAUUAUGGCAUCUUAUCCAUGUUAUUUUUAUAUAUUGCUGACAUCAGGGGCGAUACAAGUAAAAAUAUGCACAUAAUUAAACUUUUGUGUAUAUAUUAGUGCUCCUUUAAAUGUACUCUUUUAUACAAGAUUAACUUGUAAGUAUUAAUAUCUUAAAAGAUUUGACUGUCACUACAAAAGCCCCAAGUAAUAUUGAAGGGUCAUUAUUUAGGAGUCCGCUCAUUUCAGGGUGUUUAGACAUAAUGUGUCGGGUAUCUGAAUCUGUCAUUUGGAAAAGCAUUGUGUUAGGGACUUUAUUAAAUUUGUGAGGCAGCUUUCAUUUGCCAGUGUUCGCUUUGUAGUAAGGCGACUAUUUUGUAUAGCGUUAAAGUAAAGUUGAAAGGCAUGUUUACCAACUGUGGCUUGCAAGUGUAGCUGGAAUCAAGUUACAGAUCUUCUAAUCCAAAACUAAUACACAUCCUGAUGCAUGCAGUUCAGUUGCCUCAGAGUUUUUGACUCUUGCUCAAUAUAGAUUGAUCUAUAAUGACUGCCUAGCGAUUACAUUGUUAAUGACCAUUUAUCUGACUGUGCAUAAACAGUACAAGUUUUCAGUUUGACACAAUUAUCAAGGCCAAAGUUUAUAAACAUUCUUCCAAAGAGAAUUUCACAAUAACCAUUCAGCAGCUUUGAAUAAUAUUGUUUUACUCUGUGCUAGCUUGACCUUAAGUCAUUGUUAAGUAUGUUUGCAUGAAAUAAAAAUCAUAUACACACAGAGCGUUGGGGGUAAGUGAUCUCAGGCUUAUUCACAUGAAUGGAAUUCAAAUGUAAUAUUCCAAAAUACAGUGAGAAGUAUUGUAAAUUUUAGCCAAAGCUGUGCGUUAUAUGUUAAAGGGACACUAGUCACCAGAACAAUUUCAGCUUAUGGUAUCUGUUCUGGUGAGUAGAAUCAGUCCCUUCAGGCUUUUUGCAGUAAACACAAAUGUUUUCAUAGAAAAGGCAGUGUUUACAUUACAGCCUAGGGAUACCUCCACUGGCCACUCUCAGAUGUCUACUAGAGGUUCUUCCUGGGGCAGUGCUGCACAGUGUACAGCACUGACAUUCUGUGUCUCCACCCUCUGCAUGGAGACACUGAACUUUCCUCAUAGAUAUGCAUUGAUUCAAUGCAUCUUUAUGAGGAAAUGCUGAUUGACCAGGGCUGUGUUUGACUUGUUCUGGCUCUGCCCCUGAUCUGCCUCCUUGACAGUCUCACCCAAUCCUAUGUGAAAGCAUUGUGAUUGGCUCACAGAAUCACUUGUGAUGAUAUCAGGCAUGCAGGUCAGAGGCAGAGCCAGCAGCAGCAGACUUGAAUACAAGUAAGAAUUUACUAUAUUUAAGGAGGCAAGGGAGGGGAUGGGGGGUGGGGGGUGUGCAGAAGGGGCUAAAUGGUGGUUUUAACACUGUAGGGUCAGGAAUACAUUUUUGUGUUCCUGAUCCUAUAGUGUUCCUUUAAAAAAAAAAAGUAUUGUUCUGUGUGUAUUCAUGUGACUAAAGUGUAAUAUAGUGUGCAGGUUUUUGGGUUACACAUGAUUGCAAUGAUGCAAAAUUAAUUCACCAUCUUCUUUGGAAAGUAAUUCUUUAAAUUCAAUAACUGAUAAAGGCUAUUAAAGAUUUGUAACCGGAGGCUGUCAGAUGACAUACUUGUAUGGAUAGAAAAGUCAGUGUGAAAGAUACUGUAUGUUAUCUCAAUACAUUUGCCGCAAUAACGUCAACGGGAAUAAACCUCUCCCUUAAAACGUCGCAAAUUAUGGCUAAGCGCUACAAAGCAAAUACUCCGCCUAGGUAAUAUACUACUGGCGUAACUGUGUGAUUAACGAUCAAACACUAAACUGUAACAUGCAUUAUUAUUGAACGGUCGAAUGUUAGUAUCAAACAUCUAUGUGGCACCUGUUUGAAACUUAAUGUGAGUUCAUUUUGAUAAUCCUUGUGACUUACUUCAUCUGAAACGGUUCCCUUUAACGAAAUCAUAUUGUUAAGUGUUUUUUUUUUUUAAAGUUUUGUUUUCUCAAACCUUUAUCUUAAUAACGCUAAAGAAUGCCGCUUUCCCACUUCGGUGAGAGAGGAAGCCAGUUAAAACAGCCUGUUACUAGAGCUUUAAACCAUAAACUGUUUAACACAUGUAUAACUCACUGUACUAAUAUAUUACUGCUGCUCGGAUUACUAAUAUGGAAAAAAAUAAAGUCAGUGUGCUUCUGCCUGUAUCAUGGCUUUGUGUUGGACAUUAAAUGUCCACUCUAAGAUUAAUUAUUUUGCUUUGAUCAGAUAAAAUGAAUACUCCCUUUUUAUAGAAAGACCAUGAUUCAGGUUUGUGCUUUGAGCGGACAUCAUUGAAGGAGAAUAUGAGCUCAGCCAAUCCAUGCUCUCCCACUUGCUUUCUGUGAAAUGAUGAGGCUCUGUGUGAAAUCACACAGGCACAUACUCUCUGAUUGCUCAUAGUCUCACAUUUACAAAUCAGCUUAUUCACUUGAAAUAAAACAAGAUUUAUUUAAAGGGACACUGCAGGCACCCAGACCACUUCUGAUCAUUGGAGUGGUCUGGGUGCCAACUUCCAUUAUCCUUAAACCCGCAAGUGUAAUCAUUGCAGUUUUUAUAAACUGCAAUAAUUACCUUGCAGGGUUAAGUCCUCCUCUAGUGGCUAUCAGACAGUCACUAGAGGGACUUCCGGGUUCUUAAAAUAUGAAAAGUGUUUUAAACGACGCUGGAUGUCCUCGUGCUAUGCAUGAGGACCUCCAGCGUCGCCGGAAUCCCAAUAGGAAAGCAUUGAAUAAUGCUUUACUAUGGGGAGGUCUAAUGCGGGCACACAGCCUUUGCCGCGCAUUAGGUGUCCCCCACCAACUGACAUCGGCGCUGGAUUCAUAUAAGUCACUGAUGGGGUUUUAACCCCUUCAGCAACAUGGGAUGGGGCACUACAGGAUUCUGCAGUGCCAGGAAAAUGGGUUUGUUUUCCUGGCACUUGAAAGUCCCUUUAAGCAACCGACUAAAAGCUGUUCAAUCUCUUGCGUUUGCCUUCUCUCAUUCAAGUGAAUGAGAUAUGUUGUGCAUUUGCACACAGCUGAUUUCUUUAGAAUAAGGAAGACUGUGAAUAGAGUAUCUGAAAAACAUAGCUGACCAAGAUCCAGCCAGGGGGGAUAUGAUAGAAACAUUUAAAUACAUAAAGGGAAUCAACACAGUAAAGGAGGAGACUAUAUUUAAAAGAAGAAAAACUACCACAAGAGGACAUAGUAUUAAAUUAGAGGGGGAAAUGUUUAAAAAUAUCAGGAAGUAUUAUUUUACUGAGUGGGUAGUUUGAAUAUAUUGGGCACAGGGCAUCAUCAAAGUUCAAAGAACAUUUUACCUUCUCUCUUGCUUAGUGGGAUGCUUAUGUUUGUUUUGGGAUAUGUGAUUCAACUUGUUAUGGUAGUUGUGUUUUUUACAAAUGGAUUUUGUCAGUUUGAAAAGAAAAUGAAAUCAGCAACUAUUUAUCUUUUUGCUUGCUGAUUAAGCACAUAAUCUAAAUAAAUCACAUUUUGCUCAUGUGGCAAGGUGUAACCUUGAAUACUUUGAACUAUAAGAUUAGUGUUUCCCUGUGUAAAACUACUGAUACCUCUGUUACUGGAUUUGCAACAGCCUUUUUCUGUCUCUUUUCCAAUUUCCUUUCACUUCCAAGUCAUUUUAUGGUGAUUUGGUGAUUUUAUUUGGGGGAGUUGUGAAAAUAGGCCAGACUCCUUAAUGGGACAUUAUCGCGUUAGGAAUGCAAACCUUUAUUCCUAAUGCAAUAGUGCCCCUGUCCCUACUUGUAUUAAAGGAGCACUAUAGGUCCAGGACAACAAACUUGUUUUCCUGGCACUAUAGGGUCAUUAGGUCCUCCCCACGCUCAGGGCCCCCCUCCUGCUGGGCUGAAGGGGUUAAAACCCCUUCAGCCACUUGCCUUUCUCCACCGCUAGGCUCCCUCUGUGCUGGUGAACUCUCCACCCCCUGCCGACGUCAGAUCCGAGUGCGCGGCAAGAGCAUUCAAACCGCCCAUGGGAAAGCAUUACUCAAUGUGUGUGAUUUUCACAGUGAGAAUCGCGGAAGCGCCUCUAGCGGCUGUCAGUGAGACAGCCACUAGAGGCUGGAUUAACCCUCAGUUUCUCUGAAACUAUGUUUUCUGCUGCAGGGUUAAAACUAGAGGGACCUGGUACCCAGACCACUUCAUUGAGCUGAAGUGGUCUGCGUGCCUAUACUCAUCCUUUAAGGUUUCACACAAUACUUUUUUCCAGUGCUAAGGCUCACUGCUUAUCUACCCGCCUCCUAUGACUUCACAGAAGAGGCAUGGCGUUCCUCUGCAUUGGUCCAAUCAAAGAAUGAAAGCUUUCCUACUGGUGAAAGCUUUGAUUCUAAGGCAUUCCUACGUGGGAGAGCUUUCCUCUCCUAAGUGCUGCCAUUGAUAUGGCCUGGAAAUAAAUAAAUAAAUAUAUAUAUAUACACACACUCUCUCUCUCUCUCUCAUAUCAUGGUUGAACAUUUGAAUAUGUCUUUAAAAUUUUAUAUCGUUACUCUUUGACUCUGAGAGAACUCUGCAAAAAUGAAUUUAUAUGUUAAUUUGGACUUUACAUUUUCUAAAAAUAGGAAUCUUGCUUAACCUGUAUGGGGACUGGUUUAAUAUAAAUAAACUGAAUUAUACAUAUCUUUUGACACAGGUAACGCCUAA